AUGUCGCGGCUCAGCGUCCUGGGCGGGGGCAGCGCCGACCUGGCCUCGCCGGCCCGGCAGCUGCCAGAGGGGAUGCGCGUGGCCGCCCUGCGCGGCGGGUUCACGCACGGGGGUGCAGAGGAGCAGUACGCACUCAGCAGCGUGGACCCGCUGGCAGAUGUCGCCUGUGUGACGCGCUACGGCGUCUACGGCUUCCGUCCCUCCUCCUCCUCGGAGUCUGGCGAGGACGACUCCGACUGGGAGGCCAGUGCAGGCGGCGCGGAUGGUGGUGGCGUCUCGCGAGGCUCCCUGGCAUGCCCACCGCGGGCGCAGCUGCAGGCGCCGGUGCGGCAGCUGAUGCUCGGGGAAGGUGGCCACCCUCAGGCAGCUCCGCUGGUGCAGGUCGCCCAGGCUCCUGCGCAGCAGCAGGCGAGCCAGACUCGCCUCUCCGCUCGGCGACAGGGAGCCGCAUUUCUAUUGCUCCGUGCACAAGAAGGCCCGCCCCGAGAGCGCGCUGACGGACGACGGCCAGGGCAAUCCCGUGUGCAGGCGUGGCGUGGCAAUCCCGUUUAG